GCGCGCAGAGCUAGCUAGUUUGCCACCACGACUACCAAAACCAGAUUGCGGUGGAGAGAGAGACGCAGAUGGUCAUGUCGGAGAGUAGGAGCAAAGAUGCGGUACCGAACGGUGCAGCCCAUAGCACUAGUACAGAGCCACACGUGGCCAGACCAAAUAUUGGCAACAGAGUGACUGUAGUGCUUGGUGCUCAAUGGGGCGACGAGGGCAAAGGGAAGGUUGUGGACCUGCUCGCUCAGGACGCUGAUAUCGUUUGCAGAUGCCAGGGUGGCAACAAUGCAGGACACACGGUGGUGGUGGACUCUGUGGAGUAUGACUUCCAUCUUCUACCCAGCGGCAUUAUCAACCCCAAGGUCACUGCUUUCAUUGGUAAUGGGGUAGUGAUCCACCUGCCUGGCCUCUUCGAGGAGGCUGAGAAGAAUGUGUGCAAAGGCAAAAGUCUGGAGGGCUGGGACAAGAGGCUGAUCAUUUCAGACAGAGCACACAUUGUGUUUGAUUUCCAUCAAGCGGUCGACGGUGUGCAAGAGCAGCAGAGACAAGAGCAAGCAGGCAAGAACCUCGGAACAACGAAAAAGGGGAUUGGCCCGGUGUACUCAGCCAAAGCAGCCCGUAGCGGCCUCCGGAUAUGUGAUCUCAUGUCUGACUUCACGCAGUUCUCUGAAAGAUUUAAAGUCUUAGCCUCGCAGUAUCAGUCUAUGUAUCCAACCCUGGUGAUUGACAUCGAUGGGGAGUUGUCGAAGUUGAGGGAUUACGUGGAGAAGGUAAAGCCUAUGGUGAGAGACGGGGUCUUUUACAUGUACGGGGCCUUACAUGGACCUCCCAAAAAUAUCCUGGUGGAAGGAGCCAACGCCGCCCUCUUGGAUAUUGACUUCGGAACAUACCCUUUCGUGACCUCGUCUAACUGCACAGUGGGCGGGGUGUGUACGGGGCUAGGCAUGCCGCCCCAGAACGUGGGUGAGGUGUAUGGCGUGGUCAAGGCCUACACCACCCGGGUUGGCAUCGGAGCCUUUCCCUCAGAGCAGUUCAAUGACAUUGGGGAGCUCCUGCAGACAAGGGGGAAAGAAGUGGGUGUAACCACGGGCCGUAAAAGGAGAUGUGGUUGGCUGGACCUGGUGCUCAUCAAAUAUGCGCACAUGAUCAACGGCUUCACUGCCUUAGCUCUGACCAAACUAGACAUCUUGGAUGUGCUCCCAGAGAUCAAAGUUGGUGUGUCGUACUCUGUGAACGGUGAAAAUAUACCUAAUUUUCCAGCCAACCAGGAAGUCUUACAGAGCGUUGAGGUUCAGUAUGACACCCUGCCAGGUUGGAACAGUGACACCUCCACCGCCAGAACAUUUGAUGAGCUGCCAGAGAACGCCCAGAAAUACGUCCGCUACAUUGAGGAGCACCUCGGUGUGCCCGUGAAAUGGAUUGGCGUAGGCAAGUCUCGGGAGUCCAUGAUCCAGAUCUUCUAAGGUCUUCUCCACACUGUAGCCACCACCAAACCUGACCCUCAGUCCCGCCUCUCUUCCGAUGGUUACCUGGUUCCAGUGGCCUGGGAAACUGGUCCUAUGCUACUGGUCCUAUGCUAUGCCACUCCUCGGUCCCCAACUCACUUCCACACCACAGACACCAACCUGGGAGCUGCUCCUGGGGAUGCUCUUAUCAUCCUAUCCAUGAUCCCGCUCUCUCCUUAUUCUCUCUCUGUCUCUGAAGACCUGUGUGGGACUCUUCAAAAUGGCCUCCUCAGGCGUUAACAGGGAAGUACACUUCAGUUGCUUGCCAGCCUACGUCUGUUACUCCCCAUGUUUGGUUUGUCAGAAAGCCCUCAGAGCUGCCUCUGGCCUUUCUUUAUGGAUCUGUUAUCCUGACAUCCUUGCACACCACACACACACUCAAAUCACACAAAACCAUACUCAAAUCCAGGUGUGUGACACUGUCAUUGACCCGUCUGCAAGCCAAUGUCAGAAACGAUAUGACCAUGUUCAUGUGUACAGUACUGCAGUGGGACUUGGUUGAUUCAUACACCAAUUUUCUGUGCCUGUUCUGUGAUGAAAACAGUUUGUGUAAAUGUGUUCUUAUGCCUAGCAUGGGCCAAGGAGCCCAUGGCCAUGAAACGACCCACACGAGCAACUUAAGAUACAAAGUUUCUGUAUGGACAACUGUCAAUGUCUCUGUAUACAAUUGUAAUAAUGGCAGGAAAUGUAGAAUAUGUUGCUACUGUUAUAAUGACCUUGUUCCAUGCAACAUAGUUGCCAUUACUAGAGAUACAAUCUUAAAUGGGCAUUUUAGAGGCGUCACAAUCAAACAACCUCUUAGUAAUUUCCCCAGCUGACUAGAAAUGAGUUUUUAUUUCAAAGCAGUAGAAAGCUGUGUUACUACUGGACAUUAAAACAGGGGUCAGUUAACAUUUUGAUAGAAGAUCACCUAUCAAACUCCACAUUGAAAUGACGCAAGAAUGUAUUUCAAUGCUAUUCUAAGUUUAAACUCCAACGCAAACACAUGAUGUUGAUAUGCUGAACUCUAGUCUCAGGACUUCUACUCAAUCACAACAGUGUAUAUAUUUUACUUCUAUUUUAAUGAUUUUAGGACUAGGUAUGAUGGAUUAUUUUCUGCAACUGCUGGAUGUGUGGGUUUUCUGCAGAUGUAGCGUAUUAGACAGCAGAUCGCCUCCUGGCUCGGUAACAACUAUAUAGAACUUUUGCUUUUAUAAACUGGAGCUGUUUAAGUGAAAUGGAAUUGAAUCAUGGGUUUUCCCAUCACUGAUAUACAAUCUAAAUAUUUCAAAUUAAGAUUUUUAAAGACAUGAAAGGACCUCUUCUGUUUAUGUACUCGAUCCAUACAUUAACACCGGAGUUGCUUGAUUUUUCAUGGUAAAAUUGUUACUAGGAAAGGCGUGUAUUCAAGGUUGACUUUGUACCUUGAAUAACAGUUGUCGAAGGGUGCCUAUUCAUGCAGAGAUGGAGGACUACUCAUACAAUAUCUGUUUGCCUUUGUAUCUGUAGGUCUCUACAGAGAAGGCUGUAGGCUCCUGUGAAAUAAUGGGUUUCUACGUUGGUGGCGAAGUGCUUUCUCUUUCUAAUAUGGAAGUGUCAAACUAGUGUCACUACAUAAGUUACUAUCUGUCAGGUACAUUGUUAGGUCUGUCUUCAGUAGAGCAGUUAUCUCUGCUAGGCCUAUAUGAUGUCAGUCUUGUUCUUCUCCUGUGUCUUUUUGAUUCUAAGAUUAUAUCAGCGAUUAUGGUAUUCAGCUAAAGUAUACUCGGUGUGAAGAUGAAAACAUGCACUGGAAAUUAAACUAAUGGGAUGUCUUUAAAUGCUGCUUAUCCUUGUUUCUAUAGAUUAUCCAAUGGCCUGCCCAUAGGCCACACAAUGUGGUAAACAUUUUCUGCUUUACAUAUAGCAGCAACUAAUCAGUUGAGAUACUUACCCUGUCAGUAGUGUCAACACCCACCUGAAACUCCCCAUACAAGGUGAAGGCAUUCUGUCUGCUAAUCCUAAACUAUAUGCCUCCGGACACCCACCCCUAUGACAUGUUUUUUCAGGACUAACUGUGCCUUGGGCUCCCGUUCAAGACUUUCAUGUUUUUAUUUACCAUAAAUCUUAACCUGGGCCCUUGGUAAUGGCCCGUAACUAAGCAUUUCACUGUUGGUCUACUACACCUGUUCACUACACCCGCAAUAACAUCUGCUAAAGGUGUGUGUGACCAAUAAGAUUUUAUUUGAUGUGAUAAAUACACAUUUUGAUUUGGGUUUGAAUACCUGUAAAAUGUAUAUUUCUACCUUGAGGCUCAUCUGUAAGUGAGUGGGUAGAUGAGAAGAUGGUUAGACCAUUGCUUUCACCUAUGUUACAGUGAUGUCCUCAAGCAAAGAAGCGUAUAUUAAAAUGGUCAAACGGU